CUCGACUCUUACUCUUCACUAUGUGGUCUGUACAUUCUUAUAUGGUACCUGGAUCUCCCUUUAUUUAUUCUGUCUCUCUCAUUUUCUGUUUAAUCUUCACUUUUCAUAUAUAUAGCUAGGGAAUAACCAUUGUUGUACUACUCUUGAUUUCAGUCUGAAACUUGGCAAAGAUGAUUCUUUCUCAUAUGCUUGCUGUGUUUAUAGUGAUUAAUGCAAUAGUACUAAGUGAUCAUAGAUUUGGAUUUGUUGAUGGUAUACAAAUGGGUUACUAUAUAAUGAGUUGCCCAUUUGCCGAAACUAUAGUGAGGAACACAGUGAACAGAGCUUUGCAAUCAGAUCCCACUCUGGCAGCAGGUCUUCUCCGAAUGCAUUUCCAUGAUUGCUGGAUAGAGGGAUGUGAUGGGUCAAUCCUAAUCGACUCUACAAAGGAUAACAAAGCAGAAAAGGAUUCCCCUGCGAAUUUAAGCUUGCGUGGCUAUGAGAUCAUUGAUGAUGCGAAGAACCAGGUCGAGAAUCAAUGCCCUGGAGUUGUUUCAUGUGCUGAUAUUCUUGCUAUGGCUGCUAGGGAUGCAGUGUUUUGGGCUGGGGGUCCCUUUUAUGACAUUCCCAAUGGAAGAAAAGAUGGAAGAAGGUCCAAAAUAGAAGACACAAUAAGACUACCUCCACCCACUUUGAAUAGCUCAGAGCUGAUCAGGACAUUUGGACAGCGUGGUUUUACUGUUCAAGAAAUGGUUUCAUUAUCUGGAGGACAUACAUUAGGAGUGGCAAGGUGCUCCUCUUUCAAAAACAGAUUGAGCAACUUCGAUGCAACACAUGACGUGGAUCCAAGUCUAGAUUCCAACGUGGCAAAGACAUUAUCUAAAACAUGCAGUGCAGGAGACAACGCAGAAGCAGCCUUUGAUUCAACAAGAAACAUAUUCGAUAAUGCAUAUUUCAAUGCACUACAGAUGAAAGCCGGUGUCCUUACCUCAGAUCAAACAUUGUUCACAAGCCGUAACACCAGAGGCAUUGUAAAUGGCUAUGCCAUGAACCAGGCCAUGUUUUUCUUCAAUUUCCAGCAAGCAAUGGUGAAAAUGGGCUUGCUUGAUGUUAAAGAAGGUGUUGCAGGAGAAGUACGGGGAGAUUGUCAUAGGAUCAACUAGCUAGUUAGCUAACUAUAAUUAAAAGUAGAUAGUAUAUAUCUCCAUCUGUACUACUACAGACUACAGUAGCUACUACACCUAUAGGGAGUACUACAAAGUCACAAUUUUUGUGAUGUUUAAUAAUUGUGGCAUUAGCUGUAUGAUUACCAUUGAAGCAUAAUGUUAGUCACUCUGAUCUCUUGAUCAUUGGCUUAUGUGUUGUCAUGUACAAAUUGUAUCUUUUUUAUUUUUACUGAAUAUGUAUGGACUCAAAAUUAGUGUCUGAUCUUCUAUGUAUAGUGGGUUCAAAUA